CGCUUCUGCCGCAUACGAGCGAUCAGAUUGACUCAGAUGGCACCACACCAUCGCCGCAGGAUCGGUGCGAGCCGAAGGACGGUCGAUGACGAGGGCGAGGAAGACGGGUUCCCAGGUACAGUGGAUGACGACUCGCUCAGCGAAGGCUCGGUCAGCUCCCAGUCCCACGACGAGGACGACGGAUGCAGCGAGAUCACGGAGACAGAGGGCGGUGAGAGGUCUCUUCUAGACGGUGGACGGCUGCCUCUCAGAUCCAAGAAGUCGUCCUCGACCUCGACAGGGACACCUCGAGGGCAAGGUGGUGGUGGAACAGGAGGAGGAAGGAGAGCAGAAGGCAGUGGUGAUGGUGAAGGUGGCGAAAGGAACAGCUUGUUCAAUGCGCGGACUUCGGAGUCAGAUAACAUGGCGAACGGAAGCACAGAGACGGCACCGGAGCCGGUGCAGCAGCUUGGGGAUCUAAUGACAUUUGACGAUGAGGAGGAGGAGACGGCUGCUACGACUACUGCUUCUCGGCCCAGCAGUGGGGGUCAGAGGGAGCCCUUGACCGAGAGGAAACGAAGAGAGCAUGACGAGUACUUCCAGAAGAGGAACGACCCUUCGUUUGUGCCUACGCGAGGUGGUUUCUUCCUCCACGACAACCGGUCUGGCAGCGGGAAUGGCAGCGGACGGCCCAAGCAGAUAAAGAGCAAGCCUCACGGCCUUAUCGUCGACAGCAACGUUUCACGGUGAGUUUUGUACUUUUGUAUUUUUGUUUUGCAUUUGAUGAUGACGUACUGACUGGCAAACCUGUAGGAAACCCCAGCCAGACAUUACACAUGCUCCCUGGCGUCAUGAUCUACAUGAUACUAUCAAUCAGCCGAGUCGACCGUCUCAGAGUACCACAGCUGCCACCACCGCUACUACUACCACUGCCGGCAGCACUACUACAACCAACAACAACAAUAAUGCCAAUACCAGCUACCAGCCUAAACCUGUACCUACGGCUCCUCGCACCUCUCCACAAAACCGAUCAUUCUCUACCACUGUACUCAUCGGCAAUGUCCCCGUUAUCGUCUUUCUUCCGGGCAUGGAAGCCCCGAUACCCUUCUCCGCCGUCCCCAAAAGACAGCAUACCCGCCUCCCGCAGCACCGCCCUCCGCUGCGUCGUGACAAGCCCGUCCGCAUUUUCCUCCCCGGCCAGGCUCCUCGCUACAUCUUCCCUUCGACGGAACGGUCAUUUAUCUUUAUCCCCCGGGCUCUCCGGCCCAACCAACAAGCUUCGUACCGCGGCCGAGGUCGGGGCGGAGGAAGUGGCGGCGGCGGAUUUUACUCUAGCCGACGGGCCAGUGUUUACUCCGGCAGUGCCUACAGCCAUGCACCAACUCAUACUCCCAGCGUCAGCCUGAGCGUGAGCAUGUCUCGCCGCUCGUCAAUGGGGCGGGAUAUGAGCGUCAAUGGCGCCACUCCGCCGCUGGGAUCGACCAUGGCCAUGGCCCGCCCUGUUGUUCCACCAGACUCGAGGCCAGUAGUCCGCCUUCCUCCCCAGGUCACGCCGGUUCAGCAGGCGGCACAAUUGCAGCAGCAACAGCAACAGCAGCAGCAGCAGCAGCAGCAGCCGCCGACAUCUGUGCCUCCUUCGACCGCGGGUCCGUACUUUGCACCGCAGAACCCGACAUACCGGGAGAACCGGCCGCACCCGGCCAUUCCAAUGCACCAGCCCCGUCCGCAGAAGACAGUCUCGGUGGCGGAUAUCGAGUCUCCCGCUGCAUCGGCCGCUGCUUAUCAGUUUAGUCAGCAGCAACAGCAACAGCAGCAACAACAGCAGCAGCCAGGGGAGCAGCAGCCAUUCCACCACCAGGUACCUCAGCAGCCGUCCCAGCCAAUGUCUAUGAACGGCUAUGCGCCGACACCGGAGAUGAACAUGCCAAUGGCCAUGGCCGUCCCCAUGGCUGUCCCGAUGCCCAUGCCCAUACCGAUGUAUCAGCACCAGAGACACAUGUCCCAUCCUCCGCCGACCUCAGCGACGCCUCUGUCCCAGAUUCCCGAACGAGCCAUCCACGCCGCACCCUUCCAGCCGGUGACGUACCAGCAACCGGGACCAGGACAGCAGCCAGCUUACUACGGCCAGCCCUACCACCACCAUCACCAGCAUCAACCACAACAACAUCCUCCCCACCACACUCACCCGCACCACAACCAGUACGCUGCUGCUGCUGCUGCUGUCCCUCCGGCCACGGGAACAGAGUACCCUUAUACUCCCGGCGGCGCUGCUCCUGGCACCGUAGCCCACGAGUCCAACGGAACGGUGUACUACUACGAUGCCUCUCAGGUCUCUGCUCCGGGCUCCAGCUCGGGCACCACCACUGCAGCCGCUGUACCACCGGCCGGCGGCGUCCUCGGCAUGGGCGGCAUGAUGACUCCCCCCGGUGCAACGACGUACUACUAUCCUCACCCUCCGCACGUCCAAAACGGCCCCGUCUACUACCAGUGAAUGCGUCUUCUCUUUCUCUCGUCUUAUACUUCUUUAUCUCUUGGCUUAUGGCGUUAUUGUUUACUCUGUUCGUCCUUGUUUGUCCUGUUUGCCUUGUUUGCUCUCUUUCCUCUGACGUAGAUCUUUUUCUGUCCUUUGCUCCUUCCUUCUCCUGCAUCUUAGCGUUCUUUCCUUUCUCUCUAGCUUGCUCUUUCCCUCUUUUGGCUCGGUCUGUCUUUAUUAGUCAUCAUCGUGGUUUAUCUUUUUUUUUUUAUCGUUUUCUCUCUUUCUCUUUCUCUUUCUCUUUCUCUUUCUAUCUCUAUCUCUCUCUUGGAAUGCUCAGCAUGCAGGCGAAUAAUGGCUCUGGUCUCGUUCUCGUCUUUGCGUCUUCUCGAUACCUUAUUUAACUCACACCGGCUACUGGCACUGGCUGGUGGUCUUUUUAUCUCCUUCUGCACACCUCUUCUGAUAUCCACCGUAUCGUGUCGUCUGUCUGCCGUCUUUUGAGCGUGUAUCCUUACUCUUACCUCUUCUUGCACUGUAUUAGUCUAUCUAUGGCUGUAUGUCUACAUAACGCUACUGCUUGCUCUACGCUAGUCGUCACAAUCUUCUAUCAUGCUCUACAAAGUAUGGACAAUACCAGCAACCUUUUUUAUAGUACGGCCAC